UUUGAGACAAUGAGGGGUUUAAGAGGGUUUUAUCUGAAUCUCUCUCUGAACUCCCAACCUCACAACCAUGUCACUCUACCGCCUCCUCCUCCGAUCUCUCCGCCGCCCUUCCUCCGCCGCCACCCCAACCCUCUCAUCUCUCCUCCACCAACCCACUCCUCACUCUCUCCUCACUCCCCGCCGAUCCUUCGCCUUCUCCUCAGCCGAAGAAGCCGCCGCCGAGCGCCGCCGCCGAAAACGCCGCCUCCGCAUCGAGCCGCCACUCCACGCCCUCCGCCGCGACCCUCACCCUCCUACUCCUCGUGACCCAAAUGCUCCUCGUCUUCCCGAUUCAACCUCUGCUCUGGUUGGCCCUCGCCUUAACCUUCAUAACAGAGUUCAAUCCCUGAUUCGAGCUGGAGAUCUCGAUGCUGCCUCUGCUGUAGCUCGUCACUCUGUGUUCUCCAAUACUCGACCUACUGUCUUCACCUGUAACGCUAUUAUCGCCGCCAUGUACCGCGGUAAGCGAUACACUGAAGCUGUUUCACUUUUUCAGUUCUUUUUCAACCAAUCAAACAUAGUUCCGAAUAUUGUUUCGUAUAAUAAUCUUAUUAAUACUCAUUGUGAUGAGGGUAGAGUUGAUGUUGGUAUUGAGAUUUAUCGUUAUAUUAUUGCUAAUGCUCCUUUUAGUCCUUCUCCGGUGACAUUCCGGCAUUUGACUAAAGGGUUAAUCGAUUCCGGUAGGAUUGAGGAGGCUGUGGAUUUAUUGAGGGAAAUGUUGAGUAAAGGGCAUGGUGCUGAUUCUUUGGUUUACAAUAAUUUGAUUUCUGGGUUUCUUAAUUUGGGGAAUUUGGAUAAAGCUAAUGAGCUUUUUGAUGAGCUUAAGGAAAGGUGUUUGGUUUAUGAUGGGGUUGUUAAUGCAACUUUUAUGGAAUGGUUUUUUAAUAAUGGGAGAGAGAAGGAAGCUAUGGAGUCUUAUAAGUCUUUGCUAGAUAGACAAUUCAAGAUGAUUCCAGCUACUUGUAAUGUUCUGUUGGAGGUUUUGUUGAAACAUGGGAAAAAGAUUGAAGCUUUGGCUUUGUUUGAUCAGAUGUUGGAUAAUCACACUCCUCCCAAUUUUCAGGCUGUGAAUUCGGAAACUUUUAACAUUAUGGUGAAUGAGUGUUUCAAGCAUGGGGAGAUUGAAGAGGCCAUUGCUACUUUUAGAAAAGUGGGGAGUAAGGUAAAUUCUAAACCUUUUGCUAUGGAUGUUGCUGGGUAUAAUAAUAUGAUUACUAGAUAUUGUGAAAUCGGGAUGUUAUCCGAGGCCGAGAUGUUGUUUUCGGAGUUGUGUUCGAAGUCUUUGUCUCCUGAUGUGAAUACUUACAAGACUCUUAUUGAUGCUUAUCUGAAAGUAGAUAGGAUAGAUGAUGGUUUGAAAACAUUGUGUAGAAUGGUUGAAGCUGGUUUGAGGGUUGUUGCCGGUUUUUGUAAUAGGGUGUUUGAGGAAUUUAUUAAAAAUGGUAAAGCAGUUGACUGUGCUCAGAUUUUGAAGAAAAUGGGAGAGAAAGAUCCGAAGCCUGAUGUCAGCUGCUAUGAGGUUGUGAUUAAGGGACUUUGUAAUGAAGAAUCAUUUGAUUCGUGUCGGGAGUUGCUUGAGGAGAUGAUAAGAUGUCGCCUUGGGGUUAAUCCUACUCUUCAACAAUUUGUAAAUGAGGCUUUUGGCAAAGCUGGGCGUACGGAGGAGAUCGAAAGAGUGUUAAGUAUGAAUCGAUGGGGACACACACUGCCCUCUCGAAUGACAGGACCACGACAGCAGUCAUUUGGAAGAGCUCAAGUUAGAGUACCUGAGAAUUCAGGAUAUCCUCCAAGGAAUGGAUUUCAUCAGCCACAGCCACAGCAACCAUCGCAGCCUGCUCAGAUGGUUGGGCCUUACCAAAUGGCAUCUGUGGCACCUCAAAUGACAGCGCCACAAAACAUUUAUUCAGCACCCUCUCAAACAAGUCCCCAAAAUCUUCCAUCAGGGGCUCAAAUGUCAUCAGUUGCGCCUCAAAUGACAUCCCCACAAAACACGUAUUCAGCAUCCGCUCAAAUGAGUCCCCAGCACGCCCAAAUGACAUCCCCACAAAACACGUAUUCAGCAUCCACUCAAAUGAGUCCCCAGCAGUCUCAAAUGCCACAAUACCCACAACCAGCAGGACCAUAUUAUCAUCAAAUGUCUCAACAAUAUUCUCAAAUGGAUGGAUGGUCUUCGAGAGCACCAUCGCAGCCUCCUCCAUCAGGACAUCCACGAAUGCCAGGACAAUAUGGUCAACAAUCAGACUCUUACCGAAUGUCAGGACAGCAACAAUUGCAGUCAGAAACAGGACGACCAUAUAAUCAUAAUCAUCAUCAAAUGAGUGAAUGGCGUAUGGGAGCACCGCAACACUCUCCACCAGGACCCUCUCAAUUGGCAGGACCAUAUGUUCAGCAAUCAGAGUCUUACGGACAACAACAUUUGCAAUCAGAAUCCAAUCAGCCUCAAGUGACAGACCAGUUCGAAGGCACACCAGAAGCAUUAAGAAAUUACAGUUAGGCUUCCUUUUUUCAGACAAAAGCCUGGAACCGACCCCUGUUCCAAUAUCAUUUCUCUGUUUUCCCAAGUGUUGGGAGUACCAUAUUUUAUUGGUUAAUUUGAUUAAUAGUUUUGAAAAUCAAAUAAUCUAAUCGACCAAAUGAAAUUUACAAAACAUUACCUUUUAUAGUUUGUAACUGUAUUUUGGGUUCUUUAUUUUAUUUUAUUUUUUUAUAAAGAAAACAUGUUGCUUA